GUCAGCAGUGCCAUAUCACAGUGCCACGUCAGCAGCGCCCCGCCACCAUGACGGGCGCAGCUCUGGGCACGCCAGGCCAACUGGCCAACGAGUCUAUUGCCAACUACAAACAGCGGGUCCAGACUCAACUCACACUGAUCGAGGCUGAGGAACAGCGCCAGCUGGCAGCCGAGGCUGCCCUUCUACAGGCUGAAGCAGACAGAGAUGCCCAGGCACGCCGCAAGGAGGCCCAGGAUCUGCUGCAGCGGCAUGAAGCCUUAGCGAGACAGAACCAGGAACUGCAGCAACAGUACCAGGAUCUGAAGAAACAACACCAGGAGUUGGCGAACCUCCGCCGGAYAGUGCAGAGCCACGAGGAUGCUACACUGGCACUCAAUUCCCGUGUACUGGACCUGGAGCAAGCUGUACCAGGACCAAACGCUGGGGUAUCCAACAGUGCACCCUCUAACCGCCAACUGGAGGAACGCGUCGACCACGUCGUCGCAAUUCUCGGCGACAUCAACACCUUCGCUGAGCCGACCGCCAUCAGCAAUCAGCUGGAUGCCUUGAAGACCGAAGUCCAGCAACUGCAGUUGCCUAACAAGAAUGGCAACAACACACAUCAUUACAAGAUGCCAACUUUUCAAAUUGAGAAGCUCGAUGACUAUGCGCAUCAGGACCCGGUCCUCUGGUGGGAAGGUUUCACGACGCAACUUCGGAUUCUGCAAGUCGCCAAGCACGCGUACGUCGGCGCCCUGUUUCUUAACUCAAAGGGCGGAUGCCAAAUCUGGUUAAGCCACCUGGCAUCCACCCACGGCGUCGACGUCGCAGAUCUGAAAGACAAGAUCUCAUGGGAAGAGUUAACACGACUAUGGAAGGAGCGGUUCAUCGUGGACGACGCACCUGCACUCGCCAUCAACCGUCUCUUCGCCAUGACGCAAGGCAACACAGCAACACGUGACUGGCUCAUGGAAUGGCAGAAGAUCGCGGCAACACCCGAUCUGGACUUAUCAUUUUCGCAUCUACGCCGCGAGUUCUAUAACAGGUCAUGUGCUGCAUUGAGCCUCGCACUGGGUGAUCGCGAGCAGUAUGCAACCUUCGCUGAGAUCAUUGACAAGGCGAGGGAGAUCAUCAAGACCAACAGGGCAGCUGCACACGAGAGGUCAACGUGGCAGCCGACCUAUGUGGAGAAGGUAAAGACUGGUCCGCAGCCACAGCAUGUCGCUGCAGUCCAAUCGGAGAGUGGAGAAGACCCGGCAGCCGCCCAAGCAUCACGUGAGGGAGAUCAGGUGGCUUCUGUCCAGCCGCAAAGCAACAACAAGUCCCGAGAUAAGUCCGCCUUGCUAGCGACCUCCUACACAUCUGGGGAGGAUGCGAAUGUCGUAAGUUCUCGGUAUACUUACGAGGACUAUGCUAUCCACUUGGUCCCACCGUUGGACCAACCGCUCCAUGUGGAACAAUCUACCGCAUGCACGGUUUCAUCACCAUUGGCAACCGAUUCGGCAACUUCGCUGCAAUCUAUCGCCAGGGAUUCGACGUCAUGGUCAAGACUUGAAGAGCUCGACCCGUUGACGUUCACGGACUUCCAGUGGAUGCCCGUUCCCCCGACCGGUCGAUUGCCGAAACCGCAUUGCAACGUGCUCAUGGCACAAUUGCGGGAUUACUUGCACACUGCAGUACCGACUCCGUUGAUGGACACCGGAGUAGAGGUUGUCAACCUUCGCGCCUACAUUGCGAAGAUCGACCGCGAGUUCAAGACGCAACGGUACGACGACAUCGACGCACCAUUGCUAUAUGUACACAUUCAGAUCGGAGAGGUGACCUGCAGCGCUUUGAUCGAUUGCGGAGCAUCUCGAAACUACAUCAGCCAGGACUUCAUGGUGCGCGCCGGCCUUGGCCCACGCGUCCGGAGGAAGUCCCAACCUACGCAAGUCACGUUGGCGGACGGUCACACGCACAAGUCAAUCGACCGGUGCAUUGAUGACGUCCCAGUGUACUUUGCCCCUCACUCAAGUGAGGCGGUGUCCUUUGACAUUCUGGACACCAAAUUCGACAUGAUCUUGGGCAUGUCAUGGGCGAAGCGAGGAUCACCCGGCCCGCACGGAGUAGUACCGGAUCAGCCCAUCCGCCACGAGAUCAUCCUCGAGGACGGGGCCGUACCUCCGCGCGGUUGCAUCUACCGAAUGAGCGACGAAGAGUUAAGUGUGCUUCGGGCACAACUCGACGACCUUCUGGAGAAAGGAUGGAUUCGGCCUAGUUUAUCGCCAUACGGUGCUCCUGUUCUCUUCGUCCGGAAGAAGAACAAGGAUUUGCGGUUGUGCAUCGAUUAUCGCAAGCUCAACGCGCAGACGAUCAGAAACGCCGGCCCUCUCCCACGCAUCGACGAUCUUCUCGAGCGACUGGGUGGCGCCAAGUUUUUCUCCAAGCUCGACCUCAAGUCAGGAUAUCACAAACUCGAGAUUCAGCAGAAGGAUCGCUACAAGACCGCGUUUAAGAUGCGAUAUGGGCAUUUUGAAUACCGGAGUUUGGACGAGCAUGUGGAACACCUGCGCACCGUUUUGGAGCGGCUACGACAAGCCAAGUACAAAGCCACCUGCGACAAGUGCGAAUUCGCGCUGCAGGAGCUGGAGUACUUGGGACAUUAUGUGACGCCGCAAGGCAUCCGUCCGCUUGCGGACAAGAUCGAGGCCCUACGAGUGCCAUUCGUAUUCGAUGACGACGCACGCCGGUCAUUCCAAGCACUCAAGACGGCCAUGCUCAUGGCACCCGUCCUUAGCAUCUAUGACCCCACCCUGCCGACGAGAGUAACUACGGACGCUUCCGGCUAUGGAAUUGGGGCAGUCUUGGAACAGCACGACGACGACGACUGGCACCCUGUGGAGUAUUUCAGCCACAAAGUGCGUCCUAUCAACUCGCUUGAUGAUGCAAGGAGGAAGGAGCUGCUCGCAUUCGUGAUGGCUCUCAAGCGCUGGCGACACUUUCUCCUUGGGCGUCGUAGGUUCACAUGGGUCACAGACAACAAUCCAUUGACCUACUACAAGACGCAGGAUACGGUGAGCAUCACGAUCGGACGAUGGAUGUACUUCAUCGACCAAUUUGACUUCACACCGAAACAUCUUCCCGGCCUCUCCAAUCGCGCAGCAGAUGCACUCUCGCGAAGACCUGAUCUUUGCGCUAUGACACAUCAUGCCUUCGCAUUCGACGAGGAGCUCCAGCGACACUUCAUCAGGGGCUAUGAGUCCGAUCCAGACUUCGCCACGCUAUAUGCGCAACUAUCUUCGGAUCACCAGCCGGCCAGCCACUGUCGCAUCGCCGAUGGGUACUUGCUCCUGCACUCGCGGGGCAAGGACUUUCUAUGUGUCCCACGCGACCGCCGUCUUCGGACUCGCCUCCUCGGCGAGUAUCAUGAUUCGCGACUCGCCAGCCAUUUCGGAGUCAACCACACUAUUGCACGGCUUCGACACAGAUUCCGAUGGCCCGACCUCAUCACCGACGUCACGAGGUAUUGCGACUCUUGCGAAGUUUGCCGACGCAGCAAGCCCCGCAACCGCAAUCCCUACGGCGAGUUACACCCGAUGCCUAUCCCACGGGAACCCGGUCUCUCCAUUGCCAUGGAUGUCACCGGACCAUUCCCCCGCGACCGCCUCGGACACGGCGGCAUCCUCACGGUCGUGGACCGAUUCACGACCGCGCGCGUCAUGUCGGCAUUUUGGACUGCGCUCAUGCAGGAGUCCGGCACGAAGAUGAAGCCAAGUUCAGCUCGACAUCCACAGACAGACGGGCAGACGGAGCGGGCACAUCAGACCGCUCAAAUGAUGCUUCGUACGCUCAUCCGUCCGGACCAGAAAGAUUGGGUUGACCGCCUCCCCGACAUCGAGUUUGCCUACAACACUUCGGUGCACCCGGCGAUCGGCGUGACUCCAUUCGAGUUGCACCACGGUGGACGUAAAGGCCGUAUCUUCGCCGACCUUCUCCUUUCACGACCAGCCGACAUCGAUGCCUCUUGCUCUUCCGCUUCCGUCCAGAAGUACAGGGAAUUGCUGGCUCAAGCCCGCGCGAAUAUGCAAAAGGCUCAAGUCUGCAUGCAGCAGCAAGCCAACAGGCAUCGGGUGCCAUGUCCCAUCCGCGCCGGCGACCUGGUUUGGGUUUCCGCGGAAGAGUUUGCACUAGAACAGGAUGUCUCACGCAAACUGCUUCCCAAGUGGUUUGGACCAUGGCCCGUAACAUCAGCCGCGGGCGAUGAGCCCGAUGGCCCUUCAUUUGUGAUCAACAUCCCCCUGCAUCUGACGGUCCAUCCAGUUUUUCACGCCUCAAAGCUAGCAACAUACACGCCAGCUAAGAGCGAUGACUUUCCGGGCCGACGAUCGCAGGACCCUCCUUCAGAAUCUAUGGAUGGUCAUCAAGAAGUUGACCGCGUCAUCACCGAUCGCAAGUACGGUAGCAAGCCGCGAUAGCACAAAGUUACAUUCAAAGCCUGCGAUCGCUAUGACACUCGGUGGAUUUCAGGAGCAGAUUUGAAAGCAUCCGCACCGCUGAUCUACGCGCAUUAUGAGAAGC